AUGAUGAACAUGAAAAAGCUCGAUCGAUUGAAGCAGUGGGCGGGCGAGCGCAUGGGCGGGGAGGCGAAAACUAACACGACGGAAGAUUUCAAGGCGUUGGAGGUGGAGAUGACGAUGAGACAUGAUGGCAUGGAAAGUCUCCACAAGUCGAUGACCACAUACAUGAAGUCGUUGUCGAAGCGACAGGAAGGGGACGACCGGGAGAAGGCAUUGUCGGUCGGCAAUCUUGGGAGUACCAUGGUCAAUCAUGGACAGGACUUCCAGACCGAUUCGGAGUUUGGGAACUGCCUCAUAAGUAUGAUCAUCGAUGUCCUGGGAUACAAACGAAGGCUAAUGAGGGAUAUAGCUCUCGGUCGAGCGAACGAGAUCAUCGCGCGGAAGCAGGAGGGGUACGUCACUGCGGCGACAUCAAGCUGGCUUGAGUCGCUUGAACGCUCGCUCGCACAGAUGAAAGAAUAUCAGGCCGCCCGAAAGAAGCUCGAACAGCGCCGACUCGCGUACGACGCGUCCCUCGCUAAGGUGCAGAAAGCCAAGCGCGAGGACUUUCGCGUGGAAGAGGAGUUGCGGUCGCAGAAGGCGAAGUACGAGGAGUCGAGCGACGAUGUGCUGCGGCGGAUGCAGGAGAUUCAGGAGUCAGAGGUGGAGAGCGCGGCGGACCUGACGGGGAUGUUGGACGCACAGCUGGCGUACUACGAUAAUUGCCGGGAGGUGCUGUUGCAGGUGAAGCGGGAGUGGCCGACCUCCGGCAACAUCUUCCACGACCCGAACGACGACUACGCCGCGUAUCAGAGCCACUCGCCGACGAACACGCACGCGAGCACGACGUCGACGGCCAGCGAGGUGGACGUCGGGUUCGUGAAGAAGGCGCCGCCCCCGCCGCCGCCGAGUCGGGUGAAGAAGGCGGCGCCGCCGCCGGUGCCGGGGAAAAAGUUUGUGGGGUUGGGGUGA